AUGCCUCGGGAGAUUAUUACUCUCCAGGUCGGACAGUGUGGGAAUCAGAUUGGAGGCGAGUUUUGGAAGCAGUUGUGUCUAGAGCACGGCAUUCGACCUGACGGGACCCUUCACGAAGCACCUCCUGCUAUCACUACCGAUCGCAACAACAACAUCGUAGACGAUCGCAAAGACGUCUUUUUCUAUCAGUCCGACGACGACAAGUACAUUCCGAGAGCAUUGCUGAUUGAUCUGGAGCCUCGCGUGGUCAACAAAUUGGCACACAACAAUCAGAAUUUAUUCAACCCAGAAAACUAUUUCAUUGCCAAGGAUGGGGGUGGUGCCGGAAAUAACUGGGCUAGCGGCUUUCGUCAGGGGGAAGAGCAUCAUGAGCAAGUUCUUGAUAUGAUUGAUCGAGAAGCCGACAAUUCAGAUUCGCUGGAAGGCUUUGUGCUGACUCACAGUAUUGCCGGAGGUACUGGUAGUGGAAUGGGAUCCUACCUGUUGGAGCGACUCAAUGAUCACUUUCCCAAAAAGCUAAUACAAACGUACUCGGUUUUCCCUUCGUGGGCCGACGAAUCCGAUGUUGUUGUGCAACCCUACAAUUCUAUUUUGACGCUCAAGCGCCUUACACUCAACGCCGACGCUGUUGUAGUUUUGGACAAUACGGCUCUAAAUCGCAUCGCGACCGAUCGCUUACGCAUAGAAAAUCCAUCGGUCGAUCACCUCAACAGUCUGGUCGCUACAAUCAUGGCAGCCAGUACCACCACUCUCCGGUAUCCCUCAUACAUGAACAACGAUAUGAUUGGCCUUUUAGCUAGCUUGAUUCCGACUCCAAGGUGCCAUUUCCUGAUGACGGGCUACACACCGUUGCACAUUGCCGACGCCGGCGAAAACCUAGCAAGCGUGCGCAAAACUACCGUUUUGGACGUCAUGCGCCGUUUGACCCAACCCCAAAAUAUUAUGGUCUCUGCCAACACACGCUCAGGCUGUUACAUUUCCAUACUCAACAUUAUUCAAGGGAACGACGUGGAUCCAACACAAAUUCACAAGGCGCUACAAAGGCUGCGCGAACGCAACGCACUCAGCUUUAUUCCUUGGGGACCAGCGUCAGUCCAAGUGGCACUGGCACGCAAAUCACCCUUUGUUGAUACCAGACAUAAAGUGUCCGGCUUUAUGCUGGCAAAUCAUACGAGUAUGGCAGAACUCUUUGAUCGACUUCUGAAACAAUACGAUACAAUUCGCAGUCGAAAUGCGUUUUUGGACAACUAUCGCAAAGAGCCCAUGUUUGCCGAUUCGUUGGAUGAGUUUGACCACGCGCGAGAAACGGUGCAGAAUCUGGUAGACGAAUACCGAGCAUGCGAGCGAGCUGACUACGUUGAUUUUGGCUGCGGGGAAGACGAAGCUGGUGCUAUGGGGAUGCCAUAAAGCAAACUCAUUAUGAUGCAUGGGAGUGCGACCGAGUUUCGAACGGUGCUAAC